AUGAGCCGGCGACAGAACUCCAGCUGCGACCAGUGCAGGAAGGGUAAACGAGCUUGCGACGCCGUCUGGCUGCGAGACCAGCGGGCACUCGAUGCGGCCAGCAGUGUUAUAAAGCCCCCGCAGGCGCCGGGCACACCAGCCAUUUCGAGUCAUGGAGACGACCAGCUUGACUUGUUGGGGCCGUGUACAAACUGCGUGAGAACCAACAAGCAGUGCACCUUCGAGUGGGUCCACAGCCAGCAGAUCCAACGGAAGGAAAAGCAGCAGCUCGCAUCUGAUGUGUCGACGCCUUCAGCAAAGAAGCUGACAGCACCGGCGGCUACGCCCGCGCCGUCGAGCAUCCCCUUGCGUCCGCUCCAUCCAUCAACGCAGAUACUACCAUUCGAUGGUCCCUACGCUCACCGCCCCGACAGCAUCCUUGCGGAAGAUCAGCUUGGGCUUGAGAGUUGCCCAUACCCAGGACCCAGUCCCGAUAGAUUCCAGCCGGCUGCUACCUUCAGGGACGAUGCACUGGCGCCACCAUUUCUACCCCUGGACAUGAGGGAUAGCAGUCAGCAUAUCCAGCCUCACUUCAUACCUGAAAGCAACCAACUUACCCAGUACGGUCUCGACUCAUUUUCGACAGGACCUACGAGCCAAUCUAAUGGCUUGCACAGUACUUCCGAUGCGCUUAACACGUUUGGUGCCGAUGUCUGGUCGAGCCCGGCCUCUUUAUCUGUCAGCAGUCCCCCUUCUUCCGAUGAUCUGAAUCCCACCCGGAAACGACGCAGGACGAGUACAGGCCGCUCACUCAUUCCCAUGCCAACCUCGGCACCACCAUGGGAUUUAAUGUCGGGCAAUCGGCUAGCGGCGACGACGAACAGCUUCAUGAUCGGGGAGACGAUGAUGAAGAUCUACCAUGAUGUGAUGGAAGGUGCACUGUCAUGCUGGCUGGUGGAGCAUACAUGUCCGUACAAGUCUCUGCCAUCAACCCCAAGCUCUACGAGCAGUGAUAGCCAGCAGCAAUUCGGAACAUUCCAGAACAUGCAGGCCGACUGGGGCCCCGACUGGUCUAACCGCGUAUAUCGGCGUGUCAUCAAGCUCGACCGGAUGGCUAACUCGCUGGGUCUGAAGAAACUGAACCCUUCUGAAGAGAGGAAGGUAUCGCACGCUCUCAACUCGGCGGUCAUGGCCUUUACGGCGCAGUGGGCACAAUCGAGCCAGAGGAGCAAAGCACGCUGGUCUACCGCAGACAGCUUGAAUUUGUCACACAUGUUCCAGCCGCUGGAGCCUGACCUGGAAGAAGAAUUCGACCGAACGCUGCAGAAAUCAUUCUGGAACCAGGCCCGCCGGGCUUUGGAUGACUGCAGCGAGAUCGACUCGUUUCGAGUGGUUUUUGCGGAGAUUAUAUUCGGCUUGACGCAGAAGUAUGCUGAGACCUCUGCAGAACAGCAAGAUCCUCCACGGUCGGGCCGCAACGUUGACACGUCGGAAACCGUGGAGGAAAUACUACGAGAAGACAGCCAACAAAUCUGGCUGGAACGAGCGACGAGACGAUUACACGUUCUCAGGCGCCGGGUCGAGCUGCACGACAGGAACCUGCAGAAAAAGGGGGACAGGGGGCACGGGCGAUGCGAUGAUGAGUCCAAGAAGACAAUCGACCUUCUCUUCUGGUUGGCAGUCAUGUUUGAUACAAUCAGCGCUGCCAUGACAGAAAGGCCCCUCACUGUAUCGGACGAGGACAGUGGUAGCGUGGGUUUCUCACAAUCUUCUUCCUCUGUCACGGGUAAUGUAUCCAAACAAUGGAAUAUCAUACUGUCCAAGGACCAGCACACAAAAGUGGCCGGACUCCGAUUCCCACUUUCGGACGAGGUUAUUGCACAGGAACUGAUAGAUGCGGCGCCUGUCAAGGUGCUUCUCUAUCGAAAAGUCACUCGCCUUCAGUCCCUAAUAGCCAUGGACGUCGAUGGGGACACGAUCCAGGAUGCGAUUGAGGACUCGUUGAUGGUUUACCGCCAUUGGGAUCAUUUAUACCACCCGCUAUUUUCCGACUGUAUUCAACAUCACCUUUCCCUCUCUGCUCGGAUUCAGAGCUGGUACGUGUGCCUGCUUGGGCACUGGCUGCUUGCUACGCUUCUAAUGGCGGACCUGGUCGAGUCCGUGGAUCAGCGAGCUUCGCGCAUUGAGGUUGGGUCUUGGCGGCGGACCAAGACGAGAGAAGCUCGGCACAUUCGAUAUGUCAGCGUCCGCAUGAUAUCUGACUUGGCGAAAGCGUCUGCACCCCGCCAUGACGACUACGGAGAACUAGUAAACUUCCACCAUGCAGUGAGCGAAGGUGCCUUGUUGACAGAGCCUUGGACGAUGAUUUUGAUCAGGACAUUCUCUCGAGCCGCGGUUACUCUUCUGGAGGGCAUGGGACUCUCACACGUUGAAGACAACGUUGUGUCCGAAACUUCGGUGGACGAACUCAGGGACAAUUCCGAGCGCUGCCAAGAUUGCGUCAAGGCUCUCUGGUACCUAGGUCGCAAGUCUGACAUGGCCAGGGAGGUUGCAAACGUCUUGGGAGUAUCUCUUCAGCGCGCAAGGAUGAGAGUGCAUAUUUGA